AGGCUAAUCAUAACCUGUUCAAUGAGUCAUGGACAUGGCCAUACCUGGAAUUAAGCUCUCGAAUGUAGAAUAGUUUAAUUUUGUAUCGGAUCGAAAAAUAGGCCGUGAUUGCAUUCUGAAUUCCUGAAAUGACAAUUUUCCAUGCUUGAAUUAACAACGAUUUUGCAGAAGAGGAAGAAAUGAAAGUAUUGGACAAUUUUGCACGGUGAGCAGGUUUUUGAAGUACGUUACAGUCUGUUACAACGGUCAGAUCGCAUUGAUCAAAUUCAAAGUGCAGUAAUGGAAUCAAGAGAUUUGACCAAGGAAGAGAUGAAGAGUGUCCAGGAAUAUUGCCUAAGGGUCGAUGAGUACCUCGAAGCAUUCAAAAGAUGUCGAGAUCUGAAGGCUCUUACGAAAAACGACGACUGGAUGAUUUUCAGAAGCAUCGCGGACUUGCCCACAAAAACCGUUAAAGCAACCAUUUCCAAAACUUUAGCAUCCCGCGACGAGAUCUUCGAAAUGUUCUCCCUGGUGUGGAAGAGGGGGGUAAAUGACAGGAAGUCGUCUACGACUGACACUACCAAGAUCUCGGGACUGUUGACGGGGAUUGCACAGACUGCCGGACUUUCUAGUGAAAUGAGUCUCGCCUUCGGCAAGAAGGGUCUCCUGAGGAUGGUCUUAGAAGAUCUGACGACUGGAAAGCUGGACGAUGAUCUAAAAGUGACUGGCGUGGGCAUCGUUUACCAUUGCUCCUGGAGAGUCCCCAAGAACUGCACUAUCUGCAGAGAAUACCUGGAAACCUUCCACAAACUGUCACACUCUGGACAACCCGCUAUCCAGGCGAAUGCCUUCUUGACACUCUCCUACAUCGCUGAUGCCAAGUUGGAAGCACAUAGAUUGGCCCUCAACGAGCCAUGCGUGAAGUACCUGAUGGCCCACAUGAAGACAAGUACCUCGAAGAAGAAGUCUCCAGGUCACACGCACUACUCUGCGUUGGAGAUUGGUAAAGGCCUGCAUCAGUUGGCAGCCAAUGAAAAGAACAAAGUGCUCCUGGCUGAACUCGGCGGGAUCGACCUACUCCUUCGGAUCCUUGUGGAAGUAAGCUCCAGUGAUGAGGAGAGACUUUGGGCGGCUCGAGGAAUAUGGCAACUGGCGAUUAAGGAGGAAAACAAAGCCAAGAUUCGCCAUGUCAAAAACAUAUUUGCAACAUUGAAGAGGAUUAAGAAAACGACGUCGAAUCUUGGUCUCCAAGAGGCAUGCUCAAGAACACUCACCCUUAUCAACGAUGUCGUCGAAGGCGAAGACGACGCCGCAAAGAAUUCCAGUUCGCCUUCAUCCCGCGAUGGGGCAAGAGGCAAAUCGCCGAAGAUCGAUAUCGGCUCUUCUCGGAAACCUUCGGAAGAUGGACACAUUAUGAUCAGCUACCAAUGGGACAGUCAGAAGAAGGUGAUACAAGUGAAGAAAUACUUAGAGAAGCAAGGCUACAAUGUCUGGAUGGACGUGGAUAAAAUGCAAGGAAAUAUACUGAACAGCAUGGCCUUAGCGGUUCAGAAUGCUUCUGUUAUUCUCAUCUGCGCAACCCAGAAGUACAGUGAAAGCCAAAACUGUCGCACCGAAGCACAAUAUGCAUACAAACAGAAGAAGGACAUAAUACCGCUGAUGCUCGAAGGGGGAUUCGAACCUCGGGACUGGCUAGGCGCUCUGAUUGGGAUGGAGAAAUACUUCCCAUUGUAUUCGGAUGAACUCAUGAAAAAGACCCCACCGGAAAUAAUUAAAGAAUUGGGCGACAGGGGUAAAUGGGAGAAAAAUAAAGUUUCAUCGUUCGGUGACGUCACUAAAGGAAAUGCAAAAGAUGUUCGGAAGGCAGAAGUUGACCCCAGAUCCUUGCCAGGAAAAGGAAAGACAGACAAAGGGCAAACAGACAAGACAAAGACACAAACAGACAAGACAACUAUGGCAAAAACAGACAAGGCAAAGACAGGCAAAGGGCAAAUAGAUAAUGUAAAGACAGACAAAGGACACACAGAUAAGACAAAGACAGACAAAGGACACACAGAUAUGAAAAAGAAAGACAAAGAACAAACAGACAAGGUAAAGAAAGACAAAGGACAAACAGACAAGAAAAAGGCAGACAAAGCAAAACCAGAAAAGGAACAAACAGAUAAGGCAAAGACAGAAAAGGGACAAACAGACAAGACAAAGGCAGACAAAAGACAAACAGACAGAGAAAAGGCAGAAAAAGAACAAAUAGUCAAGACGAAGGCAGACAGACAAACAGACAAGGCAAAGACAGACAAAGUACAAACAGACAAAGGACAAGCAGACAAGAUCAAGUUAGACAAAGGAAAGGCAGACAAGGAACAAACAGACAAGGCAUUAACAGACAAGACUAAAACCGGCGAGGGACAAUCAGACAAGGCAUUAACAGACAAGACUAAAACCGGCGAGGGACAAUCAGACAAGGAAAGCAAUGACGUUUCCAGUAUGCAUAAAAUGCUGACCGUCGUCAAAGCAGCUAAAGUGCGUCUUCUCGAUCGCCCAUAACAUGUAAAUAAGCCUGUUCAUGGUUGUAAACUGCGCACGAGCAGAAAAAGGUCAUUUGAGAUAAUGACAUGCUCCAACCUUCA